UUUUCCUCUAACCGAUUGAUUCAAUCCAUUCAGUGCCGAAUGUCCAUUACGAAAAUGGAGAUUUCUUCAAACUGAAGCAAAAGCAGCAACAAGUAACAUCCUGCCCAUCUUUCACGGCCGGAAAUUAAAAGACGUAUCAAUUUUUCGAAUGUAACUCAUUCUAUAAUGGAGCGCCAUUGAGCACCCUGGAGAGCAAUAUGACGACAUUUUCUCCUUUCAUUUUAUUUCUGGUCUUUACAAGGAAAAGAUAUAAAGGAACGACAACUACUGAUCAAAGGGUACCAACCGGAGCGGUAAGUAGAUAGAUCUGAUUCGACAAAUGUAUUCUGUGAGAGGAAAAAAAAAUAUCACGGACACGCUUUCGAUGGCGCAAUAUGGUGAAGGAGGUUUAUUUGUUUGCUUCGUCCCUGCAAUGUUUUGUGGUUUGGUUGUACGCUACUGUUUCUUGUGGAGACGCUAUUCACGGCCGUUGCAGUAUCGCAAGCUUUUCAUCAGCCUGAUGUCAAUGUGAUUGCGUUGGAGUUGCAAAGGAAGCCCGUUUUGUUUCGAUUUUGUUAGAUAGAGUUGAGGUAAAUAAAUGUUCCCAUUUCCCGCAGAAGGGCGAAGCAGAUGGAAAAGAACUACCUGAUAUCAAAGAAAGCAUCACAAAGACUCGCUGCUUCUUAUUACCAUUGAUACGCAUUAUACUUAGAAGCUGCUUUUUUAUGAACCAAUAUCAAAGACAUUUUUAAUACAACAAAACGCCCGCGUAAUAAAUCCUUGUUUGACGUCAAAGUCGGUGCAUCGACCGCUGAACGCUUUGUGUGUCAUCCAUAUUUAUGCUGUGUUGACUUUUUUUGUUUCUCUCAUCCGUGAAUUUGCAUAUUGAUGUAAACUACCGACAGCAAUCUACAUUUCGGAGUGAUUAAAUUGUUCCGCUGCUUGCCAGUCCGACCCAUGUCGCUGGUUGGGCUAAACAUAAUAAAUUGCCCACAGCUGUGAUGCUGGGUGGAACUGGUUUUCGUGGCAUGUGAAAAUCCCAAAGAUCUAAGAGAAUUAGCAAGCUGUGGAUUUGCUGCUGAUGUUUUGAGUUUUGUUUUGUUUGCUUCGGUUGAACAGAACCUAAUUUUGGAUGCGCGGAAACCAGUUUAAUCAUUGAUAUGUAGAUGUAGACUUCCAGUUCGGAACAUUAGUGCUGUUGAAAUGUUUGGUAAGAUUCCUUUUUGGUGACACUGUUUAAUCAUCUGCAUUCGCUUACUUUCUCUUUCUUUUACGAUCGUGUAUAUCCGAUUCCGCCUGCUUGGGGUUAGUCAUUGGAGCGAUUUGUUGUGCGAAUGAUCGCUUGUUUUAGGACAACUUUUUACUCACUCAGUGCCUAUUUGUUUAAGGAAGAAGAAAUCAAACUGAGUUCCACGUCUAGGCAUAAGAUUCACACCAUUUACACAUAAUCUUUUAGGGACUUUUUUGCUAUCAUCAGCAAAUCAUUUCAUUUCACCGCUAGCUAGAAAGUAUGAGCAGGUGUGCCAGCAAAUAAGCAACGAAAUUCGCGAUUUGGGUCGGCCAGUAGGAUAAACCUGUUGGUGCUUUGUUGUGUUGCGUUUUUUCUUCCAUUCAGCCGAAACCAUAUCGCGAAAGCUUCGUUGCUUGUUUAGGAGCUUGAUCUAACGGUUUCUGCUGGCUUUAACGAACAGUUACAAACACAAACUGAAUAGUAGAAAGCAUCUCUAUCUCUCCAUAUUCGACUAGCUGGGAAAGAGUCGCAAGGUAUCAGUUCGGUUGUGAGCUGCUUCGGCCGACAGUUGUGUUUUAGGAACAGAACGAAAAUGAGGCAACUACAGCUAUUCCUGGUCGGAGCGGUUAUGCUACUGACGAUGGCUCUGAUAGUGACCGUGCAGAGUGAACCAAUUAAGACGAGCCAUGGUCAUAGUCAUAGUCAUAGCCAUAGUCAUAGUCACGGUCACCAUCACCAUCAGUCACAUCAUCAUCACAAAAAGAAGCACAGCGGACAUCAUCAUCAUCAUCAUCACAACAUGGUUUACGGGUUUGGUGAUCCAUUUGAGUCAAACGGACGAUGGUUGCAGGACGAGAAUGAACAGUGCAACUGUGACGUGAUCGUACAGAAGAUGAAGAAACUGCGUGAGAAAGUACUGACGGUGGUUAGCUCGUUCGACAAGUUGCUCAAGGUUCAGGUCGAUCUGCGAAACAUUAAGAACAUGCUGAAGAAUAUCGACCUGAGCUUAACUACGUUAGGCGGAUUCGUGGCCAGCAGCGAGAGUCAGAUCGCUUUCCUCGAGCAGCAAACAAAUGAUAUUUCCUUGCUGCUAAGCCGAAGUAAGGCAGGUGUGAUACAGCUCAUCACGAAAGAGAACCUGGUGGAGGCACUGGGUCCAGUGAAGUCGUCCACCGAUGCGCCCCCGCUGGAGGAGUUCGAUGAGGUCGUGUACAGCUCGUGUCAGGACCGUCGGAUCGUAAAGACGGGUGUAUACAAGGUGUACGUCAACAUCACCAAGAGCAUGUACGUGCUGUGCAGCUUGGACUUUGGGCAGAACGCUUGGACGGUGAUUCAGAACCGUUUCGAUGGUUCGGAGACGUUCUUCCGUCCGUUCAAACAUUACCAGCUUGGGUUCGGAUAUUACGGGUACGGCGAAUACUGGUUGGGGUUGGAAAAUAUCUUCACGAUGAUGUCCGGUCGGGAUUACGAGCUGCUCAUACUGAUGGAGGACUUUGAUGGCAAGUUCGCGUACGCCAAGUACAAGUACUUCCGCAUCGAGGGCGAAAAGGACGAUUACAAGCUGGCCAAGCUGCACGGUUACGUCGGCAAUGCGGGCAACUCGCUGCAGGAAUCCGAAGGCAUGAAGUUCUCCACGUACGAUCGCGACAAUGACAAAUCGUCGCAAAAUUGUGCACAAGAAAACCACGGCGGAUGGUGGUAUAAGGCGUGCGGUGACAGCAACUUGAACGGUGCGUACCGUAAGGAGUACUCGCACGAUCUGACCGGUAUAUUCUGGAAGGAGUUCCGCGGGCUAAACUACAGCCUGAAGCGGUCUCGUAUUAUGAUCCGAAACAGGAAGGAACACUAUCACCAUCAUAAACCGCACUAUCAGCAUCACGGUUAUCACCGAAUAGACGUGGAGGAUGUCAACGAAGAGGAAGACGAAGAAAAUUACGAGCCUGGCUUUGAAAUUGACUUCUAGAGUCCCUGUACUAUGGUGACCUAUGGCGGGAACUGUUGAUUAAUAAUUUAUACCGAUUAUUUUAUUUAUACUUCUGCAUACUUACUUGAACUGCAUCAAUAAAUUAUAUUGGUCUGAUUAUUUAUUUUUUAUUAUUGCAUGACUUCCUUUGCGGACAUUUUGUUCGAUUGUAUUAACCUUAAAAAAUCAAUAAAAUUCAUGUAUAAAGUGAUGAGUUCACUUGAAAAUGACAUAAUGGUUAUAGUUUAAAACUUUAACCUAAAAAACAGCUUUCCAAGUAAUAUGUACUAAAGUUAUGCUUUCAUGGAAUCAAUUGAUUGAAACAAAUUGAAACACUUUCUUCCACCAAACUACCACACACAACAAACCUUUUGCUCUGUGUAAUGUAAUUUAUUUCCUUCCCAUGUUGUCUCAAAAAUGAUUGCGUUAGUAGAAUGUUACAAACUACAUAUAUUAAUAUCAGUAAUUUAUUUUCUGUCAUAAUAAAUUUUCCUUCACCCAACUCUGCUGCUACCCCCCCCCAAAAACAACGGAGAUUUGCUAAAGCCCAUCGCUCUGAUGAGAAUCUCUGGCCCAAUUCGUCAAUGUUGUGGUCAUCUACUGGUCGUAUUAAGGGGUUGACAUUUACAGCAUAUUCAAACACAACCAAAAAAUAAGCUGAGGUAAACGAAAGAAGAACGACGGGGGGCUGUGUAUUUGCGAGUGAAUAAUUCAAAUUAUUUUUAUUUAUUACUGCGCCCAAAAACCCACUCCAAACUGGGCAAUGAUUUAUAUGGGCCAAUGCUCCUGAGCGGUGGUUUGAGAUUGUUGUUGUUUUUCUGUGUGGAUGAAGAUAUUUCUGAAAGGAAUGAAACGAAUGUAAAUUACAAUAUAAUGCAUUUCUGCAUUAAUGACUAUUAAUCCACAACGGAAUCGGAAGAACGUUUCAUUACGGGAGUAUCAAUUUAUUGAUACUCGUGACGCAAAUGAAAGUUGGUAUGAUUGUUCGUUACAAUUCGAGAGCAUUAUGGCCAUUAUAUCAUUAAUUUAACUGUUUUUGAUAGGAAAUAAAGCAGAAAAUAUGAUCAUGUUUGUGGGAUAAUUCUUGUACGCCAUCUCCAUUCCAAGAAACAAAAACAAAAGACAAUUUUCAAAAAACUUACAAAAUGGUACAUGAAAAGUCCAGUGUUCUGUGACCUCGUAAGGUUUGGUGGGGGGUUGCUGCUUUCAACGUCAGUUGCAGAAAUGUUUGAACAUUUUAACGAAAUGCCACUCCCAAAUUAGGCAAACGGAUUUCGCACCACGAAGCAGCGCAAAGGCAUCGUUCCCCGUUAAUGAAUUAUGCUUCGCGUCGUUUGCAGUUCCGGAAGGAGUGAGUGCAUGUGCAAGGAUGCACGUGGCUUUUGCGGGGGUACCAUUUUACUUUGAUGUUGAAACCAGGCACGAAUUUUCCUUUUUCACGAUCCAAAACACUUCCAUUCACCCAGUAGGUCAGUGGGUGCAUUUUUGAUGCUUUUCAAUGGUUUCCUCGGUACAAGGAAAGAUGCGCCGAAGGAAGCAAAAACCAGUAGAUGAACGAGAGGA